AUGCAGGCUUUGAAUGACCGACUGGCAUCAUACCUGGAUAAAGUGGCAUCACUGGAGAAAGAAAAUGACCAACUGGAAAGGAAAAUCAAAGAGUGGUAUGAAAGAAAUGCCCCACAGCAGCUGCCUGACUUUAGCAUGUACUUCAGGACCAUGAAGGAACUCCAGAAUGAGAUCUUCAGCAUCGCUAUAGAAAACGCCCAGGUUUUUCUGCACAUGGACAAUGCCCGUCUUGCAGGGGAUGACAUCCAAAACAAAUUUGAUAUGGAGCACAGCGUAUAUAACAAUAUUGAAGCAGACAUAUAUAACCUACGCAGAGGUCUUGAUGGAUUAACUUUGGAAAGAUCUGACUUGGAAUUCCAGAUUGAAAAUCUUAGAGAAGAACUGAUUUCUUUAAAGAAGAAUCAUGAAGAGGAAGCAAAUAGUCUUAAAGCACAACUGGGUGCUAGAGUUAAUGUGGAAGUUGACGCGGCACCGGCUGUUGACCUCAAUAAAGUCUUGUUGGGGAUUCGGAAUCAAUAUGAAAGUUUGGUGGAGCAAAACAUGAUGGAUGUUGAGAUCUGGUUUAAUACUAAGAGGGAAGAGUUAAACUGUCAAAUGGUUUCAGGAUCUGAGCAGCUGCAGUUGUUAAGAAGUGAAGUAAUUGAUCUGCGCCAAGCAAAACAGAACUUGGAGACCGAUCUUCAGACACAACUAAGCACAACAUCGGCACUUAAUGGCACCUUGACAGAGACAGAGGAGAGUUACAGUUCUCAGCUAGCUCACAUACAAGAUCUGGUUAAUAGUAUAGGAGAUGAGCUGACAGAGCUACGACAUGACCUGAAGUGUCAGAAUCAUGAGUACAAAGUUUUGAUGGAUGUCAAGACAUGUCUGGAGAUGGAAAUCAACACAUAUAGAUGUCUGCUGGAAGGAGAAGACACUCUCAUUCAACAGUUCCAGCCUUCAAAAUAUAAAGGAUCACGUACUGGCUUGAAAAUUGUAUCAAUAACAGAGGACUUUAAGGAUGGGAAAAUUGUAUCAAAACACGAGCAAAUUCAUCAUCUCAGUGCUAAAGGAAACUAACUUAGAAAGGACAGAAUUGUAGCAAUAUACUGUAAAGUAAUAUUAAAAACCAUAACAACAAUAAAAUUGCCCUCAUUCUUAU